UUUCCUGCUUCCCCUCCCCAACAAAAGGCUGAAGGAGCUGCUGCUGCAGCGUGCUCAGAAUGAGCCAGUCGGGAAUGAGGCCCCCAGGAAUCUUGCCGGGAACAGAGGGGGGCAUUGUUCCGUACUGGAGUGGGGAAUCUGAGGCACAGAGACUCGCCGAAGGUCAUCGAGUGAGUUAGCAGCAGAGCCAGGAAUAGGACGCAGGAGUCCCUCUGUCUCAGAUAACUAGCCCCUGCGACCGGCGGGGGGACCUUUUUCUCAGGUCCCUAGGACAUGGCUGCUUGUCUCCUCCCACUGUGCCUAGGAUCUAAUACCAGGACCGGUAACCUUGCUGUAGAGUUACCUACAGCUGCAGCCCCCAGUUUUGCCCUGAGCUUGGGGGGCCAGUUGGGAUCCAGGGGUUUUACCGGAAGCUGAUGCUGUCCUUGGAGGACGUUUCAUUAUGAUGGAGCCCUGUGCCUGGGCCCACCUGCCUCGGCCCAGAUACAGCAGCCGGCAAACUGGGGGUAACAGAGAGCAAUCACCCCCAUACACACACGGCCUCUUCUGCCACUCCAGAGCAUUGUUUGCAGGGGCGGAACAAUGGGCACUAGGACCCAGCGAAUUCUCACCAGGUGGAGUCAGGAGGUGCGAAUGCAGACAAACCAGUUUGGGAUGAGCAGUACAGGGGCCAUAACUGGUGUCCUAGAGCCACAGGAGGGAAAAUCCAUUGGGGAUUUGGCUCCCCAAGAAGGAGGGAAAAACUCGGCUAACUUCAGUGUUUUCUGAGGGCUGGAACAAUGGGUUCCUACGUCUAUGAUGAGAAACUCCAGCCUCAAAGCGACCAGAAGGAUCCGGAGAAGCAGGCCGUGGCCAAGCAGCGGGAGGGAGCCGUAUCCAUCCAGGACAUGGAGCUGAAGGAGGAGUGGCAAGACGAGGAGUUCCCGGGGCCUCUCCCGGAGGAGGUCUCUGAGGAGGACCUUGAAGACUCCGGCGGGGAGCCCAGCCCAGUCGCCCCCAACACCCUGGAGCUUUGUGGGAAGCGGCAUAUGAAGAAGCGGCUGCCGGCGCCAGAUCUCAGCCUGUCUUUGGACCGGGCCGAGGGCUCGGUGCUGUCGGGCGACUACCCGGACCGCACGCCGGACGGCAGCCUGGACAUCAACGUGGACGAGCUGGAGACGCCGUCCGAGAGUGAGCUGCUGGAUGGGCCUGAGGGCGGCCAUGACUUCGACUGGGAAGAUGAACUGCCCAGGGCCCGGCGCCUGGACAGCAGCCUGCUUGAGGAGAAACUCAGUGAGGGGCGCAUGGUGGACGUUGAGGACAAGGACGGACGGAAGUGGAGGAUUUUCCUGACGGACGAGCAGGAGCAGAAAGUGGAUCUGAGCAUCGUCGAGCCCUACAAGAGGGUCAUCUCCCAUGGAGGGUACUACGGGGAAGGCCUCAAUGCCAUCAUCCUCUUUGCCUCCUGCUACCUGCCCCACAGCAGCAUCCCUGACUAUCCGUACGUGAUGGAGCACCUGUUCAGGUACAUCAUUGGGACCCUGGAGGUGAUGGUGGCAGAAAGCUACAUACUGGUGUGUCUAAAUGGUGCCACGCUCCGCAGCCAGAUCCCGUCCUUCGGCUGGAUAAAGCAAUGCUACCGGACCAUUGACCGGCGGCUCCGUAAGAACCUGAAGGCCAUGAUUAUUGUCCAUCCCACCUGGUACGUCAAGGCGCUGAUGACCGUUAUCCGCCCCUUCCUCAGCUCCAAGUUUGGCAGGAAAGUGCAGUUCGUGGACAGCCUGUGGGAGCUGUCGCAACAGAUUCCUCUUGAGCAAGUGCACAUCCCCGACUGCAUCCGACAGCUGGAUCACAGCUGGAACAGCCCCAGGGACACACAGCGGUGAUGCCAGCGGGAGGCUGCACAGCAGCAGACCCCAGCGCUAAUAGGGGCAGUCACGCUGCAUAGCUCUGUUACUUCUUCCCACCAGUGUUCCUUUAAAGGAGAAACCGAAGCGACCGGGUUUGGGAAAGGCGCUUGCCGCCAGGGCUUUGUAAAUAGGUCCAGCUUAAAUGGAUGCUUAAACAUUGUGUGUGUGUGUGUGGGGGGGGCUUCUCAGGUUAGGCCGGCUUAAAUGGAGGACUUGGCUUACACAGGUUUUUAUGUGAGUGCUGUUAGCAGUUAGAAACGGAGCAUAUGCGUUCUUGGGCUCAGUCCAGGUGUUCUCUGGCCUGUGAGACAGGAGGUCAAACCACAUGAUCUAACCGCCCCUUGUGGUCUUGCAAUCCCUCAACUACAAGGCAAUUGGAUAGUUCCGCAGCCUGAGCCCGCUGACCCAGACCAGCUGCAGGGUUUUUAUCGCAAUGUAGACGUACUCCUGUGGACCUAAAACCAGAGUGGCUGUUGGUCUCACUCGGACUGAUCCCAGUUGGCUUUAUGGAUGGAAACAAGUUUUUUCACCUGCACACCUGCUACAGCUACAGGAGAGGGAGUCAUUUCGCCGUAGCGCAGCGCUGGCCAAGGAAGCAGGAGUUCCUGUGAGCCCCAAAGAGCUGAUCCAGCUCUUGAAGAAGGCACUGGGUUCCGUUCUGCCUCCUGCAUCCUUGGCGGAACCAGCUCCAGCAUUUUGUUCCCAAGAGGCAGAAAAUGCCCAGGUCCUGGCAGCUGGAAAAGUGAUGCUCCGACCAGCUCCAGGUUAGCCUGGAAGGGAGAAGGGAGAACAGGGACCCAGUGGGGAAAGCAGAGCAGCAGCGUUAGCUUUGUUAAUUCCUGGCACCUUUCAAGGGAAGUGUCUCUGUUUGCAAAGGGCACCGAAGCAGCCAGGACCCAGGUGUCUAGAAAUACCAUGCCCAGGGUCAAAAGACUUCACUCUGCAUCCUGCCAGAGCUCCCCCUAGGCAGUGAUGGGACCCUGCAAGCUGGGGAGUGGGACAAGGACAAAUGUAUUUCACAAAGAGUGUUUUACUCCCAAGUGUUUAUUGUCUGAAGUCUGACGCAGGAAACUAACCAGCUCUCCCAACACCCAGCCCCAUUAUAACCUUGCAUUUAGCUUUCCCAGACUACGCUUCCAUGCUGUUUGUCUCUCUCCGCUGCCCAGGCAUGCAUCAUUAGUCCUUGAUUAGUGUGAGAUCUCUCGG